AUGGAUGAUUCAUUUAUCAAAGAAAGUUGUAAAAGCUACCAAAAAUGUCACAUAGCAAAUUCAGCCCGCCGGAAUUCCCUGACAAAAAAGACAAUUGGAAUCGAGUUUGAACGGAAACUGGCCAGUCACCAGCUGGACAGGGAGGAGCGUCAACUGAGAGAGCACCUGAAGUUUAUGAAGAUGGAGCAGGCCAAGUCGAUAACGACUAACGGCAUCCGAGACAAACCCGAUGGCGAACCUCGGCAGAGGAAGUCAGGUUGUCAACCUGUACAGGAAUCGCGGGACAACGAAUUCAUUGACCCAUACCCUGUGACCUUUGCGAGCGUAGGGUCAUCAAGUCCUACCCACAGACAACGGUCACAAACUAUGGUGGAGAAAGGUAACUUGUAUGUGUGCGCGUGCGCGCGUGUGUGUGUUUGUGUGUCUGGACUUUUGUACGCUGCUCGCAGGUACAGGCGAAUCUCCAAAGAAUUCGAAGACUUGUGCCUCAACACAACAACCGGCAAGCUGGCCAUACCGACCCACAUCCUCCUGCACCCGUUCAUGUCCUUCUCAACCUCCUCCACGUCCCAGUCUUCCAGCCCUCUUCGGAAAGCUAGCAGCUCUCGGUCCAGCCUCGACUCCGUGGAAGCAUCCCAUUGGCCAGGUGACCCGGAAGCUAUUCAUUCUAUCAGAAGGCCAAGAAAGUCGGUGGAGCAACAAGACAAAGAGAGGGUUAUGCGUAUGAUUGUAGAUAUGACUAAUAAUUAA